AGUCAACAUGGCAGCGUGCGAGGUACGAGGGGAGCUGAAAUACAGAGAUGGACAGACGAAAGAGUUUGUGGUUAAAGCUGAAAACAACCUGAAAUCAGUUUUAGCUGGGGUUCAAAAGAUAAGCGCCGACGUGUCUGAGGUCCUCACAGAGCUUGUUUUACAGGAAAAGGGAACUGCGGAGAAUGGCAAGGGGGAUUUUGACGGCGGUGAUGAGGAAGAUGAUGACAGUGAUGAAGAGGAAGAAGACAAUUCCAAAGCCAAGCAGACGGCAACCAGUGCAGAGCCUCCAGCCAAACGCUCAAAGACAUUGAAAUCUUGAUUGCUUAAAGUAAGACCUACAGACAUGCAGGUCUGUUCCCUUUCACAGAGAUGCUUGUGGUGGAGGAUAUCCAUUUGUUACAAACGUUUCAUCUUUUUUAUGUUUUAUGUGCCAACCCUGUCAUCUCGGAAGCCGGUCCACAGUUUACCUGUUGCUUGGGAAACAGACC